UCCAGGUCCUGCUCUUGCUUGAUUUCUCGUGCAAUAUUUUCAACUAACAGCUCACGUUUCACGAAUACACUUGUUACAGUAUUAGCAUCCCGUGUGGGACGGUUGAUACUGCCCGUGGCUGACUAGAAGGUUGCGGCCCGCCAAUGUGCCUUCUGUUGGCGGCGGUGAAUAUUCAACUACAAUAACUUCACUGUUGCUGUUCUUAACCUUCUGUUCAAGAUCUUUGAAUGCCUCAAACGACCGAUCCCAUCUCGAACUCGAACACUUUACAGGUCGUCUGCCUGGCCGAGCUAUCGUCGACUCUUCGCUUUCCUUGUGACACAUGUCAUUUCUCACCAAUCUCUACAUAGCAAGAUCAUGGACUCCGACAUGGAACAUCGCAGCCUUCUUGCUGAUGCUUCACCAGCCAUGAGCGCCGAUGGAUCUCCGGCUCUUCUUGGCCAAGAGUCACCGCCGAUACCUUCUGACAACGAACAACGACCUGCAAGCUGGCCGGGAGGUGACUCGCCUGCCAUAGUCACGUCACCUAUCCCUCCAAUCGCACAUUCGCUCAAGAGAUCAUCAACUUCAUACCCUCGAAGAUAUACCCGAAUCAAUUCGCUACCAUCCUCCACCGAAUCAUUGUCUCGAAGUGUCACCGAGCCCGAGGCUUCCUUCACAACUCCACAAUCAGGCGAGUUGAGUGACGGUCUUGGCAUAACCCUUCAAGCUGGAUUGCGUCGAUCACCAGCCAGACGAGCUUCGUCCCAUGUGUCGCCGAGGAUUCGUAACAGUCUGGAGGGUCAGGUUGUGGCAGAAACAUCGUUGACACCAUCCUCCAGCGUACUUUCCGGCAGGACAACCACCUUUGACGGGACCCAAGACACUGCCUAUCACGGCUAUUUCGGUCAGCAAAAGCCUAUACGACCCACCGAGUCUCUCCGAUCAGAUCGCAAUAGCCCGAACCGUGCCCCAACGAUAUACGAAGACGACGCUGAACAGGACGGUCAAGUAGACUUUGCUCCCUUUCGACCCAAAAACCACAGAACACGUCCAAUCAAGAGGAAUCUCGGAGGAUGGCUUUCCGUCGUUGCAUUCACUCUUUCCAUCUUUUGUGCGGUCUUCUCGGGCAUCUUUCUUGCCAUCGCUCUGAAUGGUCCAUAUUGGGGGCGUGCCGUCAGUAGCAAUCAGGGAAAGCUUUCGCCGUCCGCUGCAGCCACGUUGACCUCCUUCUUCGCAAAAAUGAUAGAAAUGUCCUUUGUGACCGUCAUGGUCGCUUUUGUUGGUCAGAUCUUGGCACGCCGAUCGAUCCGUCUUGAGGAUGCCGAGGGCAUCACUCUUUCCGAAAUGACAAUGCGAACAUGGAUCAUGCAACCUGGGACCAUCAUCACUCAAUGGGAAUCAGUGAAAUAUGCUGGUCCGACACUUCUGGGCAUUGUAUGCCUCUUCACCGCAGUCCUUUCCAUGCUGUACACCUCAGCAGCCACAUCUCUUGUCCAACCUCAGCUCAGGCUCUCCACCUGGCAACAUCAAGAUAUGGCGGGUGUGGUCAGAUCACAAUUCGCCAAUCCAGAGUUCAUCAAGCAAUCGUGCGCGACGCCAAUCACCGCGAACUACGACCCUAAAUAUGCUCACGAUACCUGCGCUCAGAUGGAACACGCUGCCAUGGCGUAUCAUAAUUACUAUGGGUACAUUAGUGCCUGGACGGACUUCAAGGCGAAGAAUCAAUCCGGUGACAAGCUUUCCAAUCGCCCCAAAGGCUUCGCGCUACUCAACGACAAUACGACCAUCAGUGCGCCGUGGAUUGAGCAACAAGAAGUAAAGACCUUCAACUCGACAGUACCACGAUACAUCAACAAUGUGACAAUGGCGAUGCCGCACAUCGGUGUCAUCCAGGCUGCAAUCGAUCCCAAGAAUGCGCUCAUGCAACCAAUCGAGGCAGAUGGAUCGAUGUAUCAUAUCAGAGCUGCAGUACCUUCUCCGUUUAUCAACGUCCUUUGUGCAACACUGAUCGAAGAAGACAUGAAGCCGUUUCUGAUCAAUCACACGAACAAAGCUGAUCCGUAUGCGACAGGCUCUGCGGUCGCCGACGUCUUCGGAUUCGGAGAGAAAUACGGUACAAUGCGCCUGGCUCCUGUAUUCCCGAGGCUUCCGAUAGACUACAACACUCUCGUCAACGAUACCGUUGGUGUACCUACCUGGGGUCGUCCAACAAUAUUCGUCCUCGGAAAGAGUGGUCCCCAAGACACCGAGGGCAGGAACACUAGCCAAUACUACUCCUUGUGUCAACUUCAAGUGGGUACGACGCCUCACUGCACAACCAACUACAAUGCCAGUAGCACAGGUGCGACGAUGGACGCCGAUUGCAGCGACCCUGACAACCGAUACGCCUUCAGCUCCAGUAUGCAGGUCAAUACUACGUCCGGAAAUGCAACAAUCAACAGAGAUUGGGCAAAUAUUGCUGGCGAGUGGGCUCGAAGUCUAUCGAUGAACGAUGGUCAAUUCAACGGCAAUUCGUCCAAUGCUCGACUGUUGACCCAAUUUAUGGUAACACAGCCUCGUCUCAAUCCCAAGCUACCAUCGAUGGCAGAGGCCAUCGCGGUAUUGGCGGGCUGCACUCUUUUACAAUCUGUCGAAGGAACGCCAUUCGAUCAGAACUGGAAUUUCAGUUCCCCUAUAAUUUCAGAUCCCGCGGGCGUCCGACAACCAUUCAAUGCCACCGUCCGUGUUCUCCAAUACGCAAGCGGAGGUGUCUGGGAUCAUCAAAAGGGAUGGUUCUGCGUGCUACUGUUAGUCUUUGCAGCCAACCUCAUGGCUUUGUGCUAUUUCGUCAGCCACCGACACUGGUACACGGACGUCACCGAGCCCACGAAUCUCUUCCUGCUCGCAAUCAAUAGUCCUCCGAGCCGGCAUCUCGCUGAAGCAGUUGCCAUGUCGACGGCCGAAGACCAAGAGGGGCCCUCUACAUCCGCCAGAGCACACCACCUGCGUUCGUGGCGAACCGAAGCCCACUACCGCGUGCCCUGGAAAAUCAUCCCGACCGAUCACACCAGUGGCGGUGAACACUCGGGCUGCAGCGGCUACAUGUUGGAGAGUCAAGGCCCGCAGGGUUUCAUGCCGCUCAUACAGCAGCGGAAGACGGCGAAAAAAGCCAAGAAGCAGAGGAGCAACACCGAGAUGAGGUUUUCGUCCUUGACCGGGUCGACGGCGUCGAAUCGGCUGAGCAAGAGGGGCACUUUUGCCGGGUUCACGUGGGAUCGGAGGAAGACCAUGACCAGCCCGCCCUUGGGGUCGAAUACUGAUAAGCCGGGUGGAGCGUGAGAUAUGAGGGUGUGUGUUGGUGACUUGUAUUUCCUUGUGUGUUUCGGUUGGAUUUGGGCGAUUCAGCGAGUAUGUGUGUGGCGACAGCGCAGAGAUAAAAGUACAACAUUCAUUUGUCUGAGACAUUCUUUUCGGCGUAGCAAGUACCACAUCAGUCAUCAGAGUAAAUGAGUGUCGAAUGAGUCUCCGGAGCGCCCAUC